AAUAACACGAAUGUCACGAAUUGAAAGAGAUCUUGAAGAAAAGAAUUGUCCGCAUUUUGAUUCGCUACCAUUCCGGAGUUUUUCUCUCUCAUCCGCUCAUCUCCCUCACUUCCUUCUUUAGGGUUCCCUCUUUCUUCUUCCUUCAAUCCCGUUUCCCCCUAACACUCAACCUAUCUCUUUUCUCCGACUACCACAUUUGUUUCUCAGCUGGGCAGGUAAUAAAGUUCCGUUCUUGCAAGUAUUUUAACAAUUUUAUUUUUCCUGGGUUAUUUUAUACUUGUUGCCCGAUUGAUGGGGUUAUCGAGCUUUGAUCUCUGCGUUGCUAUUUGAUAAUAUGGGAGUAAUUGAGUGAGUUGAUUGAUAAUGCAGGACGUUUCAUGAUUUACUGUUAUACUCCUCUCCCCCCCCCCAAAUUAUGUUUGAUGGGCUGUAUUUAAUGCAGUGAUCACAAUUAGGGUUGUUGCUACUUUUUCCCGAGACUGAAGUUCCUGACUUGUGAUUUUUCUUUAGGGUGUUAUUAUCAAGAUUAUAUAUCAAAUGAGUGUGUUAGGGUUUGAUAUUGGAAAUGAGAACUGUGUCAUAGCAGUGGCAAAGCAGCGAGGUAUAGAUGUAUUAUUAAAUGAAGAAUCAAAACGAGAAACCCCUGCUGUUGUUUCAUUUGGUGAGAAGGAGAGGUUUUUGGGCUCAGCAGGCGCUGCCUCUGCCACUAUGAAUCCAAAAUCAACAAUUUCUCAGGUUAAGAGACUGAUUGGUCGAAAGUUUAGGGAACCUAUUGUGCAGGAGGACUUGAAGAUUUUACCUUUUGAGUCUUCUGAAGGACCCAAUGGCAGCAUUUUGAUUCAUCUCUCGUACUUGAAUGAGAAACAGAGUUUUACUCCUCUUCAAAUUCUUGCUAUGUUGUUUGCGCAUUUAAAAGAGAUUUCAGAAAAGAAUCUGGAAAAUCAUGUUUCAGAUUGUGUCAUAGGCGUACCAUCAUACUUCACAGACUUACAGAGACGAGAAUAUUUGCAUGCUGCUGAGAUUGCUGGUUUGAAGCCCUUGCGAUUGAUGCACGACUGUACUGCUACUGCUCUAGGUUAUGGUAUAUACAAGACGGACUUUAAUGGUGGUCCAACGAAUGUUGUGUUUGUUGAUAUUGGUCACAGUGACAUGCAAGUAUCAGUGGCAUCAUUUGAACCUGGACAAUUGAGGAUACUCUCUCAUGCUUAUGAUAGUAACUUGGGAGGAAGGGACUUUGACGAGGUUUUGUUCAGAUAUUUUGCUGCAAGUUUCAAGGAACAGUAUAAUAUGGAUGUUUACUCAAAUGCUAGGGCUUGUGUAAGACUGAGAACGGCAUGUGAGAAAUUAAAGAAAAUCUUGAGUGCAAACCCGGAAGCGCCUCUUAAUAUUGAAUGUUUAAUGGAAGAGAAAGAUGUUAAGGGUUUCAUCAAAAGAGAGGAUUUUGAGAAGCUAUCAUCGGACUUGUUAGAGAGGAUCAGCAUUCCUUGUCGCAGAGCUUUGCUUGAGUCGGGCUUGACGCCAGAGAUGAUUCACACAGUUGAGCUUGUUGGAUCAGGCUCACGAGUUCCUGCAAUUAUGAAGGUUUUGACUGCCCUCUUUAGGAGAGAACCCAGCCGCACAUUAAACGUGAGUGAAUGUGUGGCUCGUGGUUGUGCUCUUCAAUGUGCAAUGCUCAGCCCCACAUUUCGUGUUAGAGAGUACGAGGUGCAGGAUUCUUUUCCAUUUUCCAUUGGAUUUUCGGUGGAUGGAAGUCCAAUUUGCUCACCAUCAAACAGUGUUCUGUUUCCGAGAGGCCACCCUUUUCCCAGUGUUAAGAUGCUUGCACUGCAGAAAAGUAGUGCAUUUGACAUGGAGGCCUUUUAUGCAGAAGAGGACGAAUUGCCACCUGGCUCAUCUGCGAAAAUCAGUAAAUUUAGGGUUGGGCCAUUUCAGUCAUCCCAACCCGAAAAGGCUAAGGUUAAAGUAAGGGUUCAGCUAAACUUGCAUGGAAUAGUGACUGCCGAUGCAGCUUCGCUGAUACAAGAUCACAUCAAUGAUUAUACCUCAAAUAGUACUGCUGAUGCUAUUAUGGAGAAUGUGGGUGUGAGCAAUCAUGAGUCUUCUUACUCAGAUAAUGGUCCUGUUCACUUCCACUCUGCGCACCAUAAAUCUUCACCGACUCCUACUGGUGAAGAAAGAAGCAAGGCAAAAGCCACAAGGAGGCAUGAUAUACCAAUUAACGAAGAUGUAUAUGGUGGGCUGACGCCACUUGAGCUCUCUCAAGCUCAAGAGAAAGAGCUUCUACUGGCCCAGCAAGAUACUAGGAUGGAGCGAACUAAAGACCGGAAAAACUCCCUUGAGUCUUAUGUUUAUGAAACACGUAACAGGCUUCUUAGUACAUUGCGGAGUUUUGCUACUGAUACAGAGAGGGAUGGAAUUUCUAGUAGCCUACAACAGACUGAGGAAUGGCUUUAUGAUGAAGGAGAUGAUGAGACUGAACAAGUCUACACUCAAAAACUGGAUGAUCUCAAAAAGAUGGUGGAUCCUAUUGAACAUCGAUAUAAAGAUGAAGAGGCCAGGGCACAAGCCACUAAAAAUUUAUUGAAUUGCAUUGUGGAGUACCGGAUGGCUGCAGAUUCUCUUCCUCCAAAUGAGAAAAAUGCUGUACUGUCUUUCUCCGCUGAAGUUGUGUAUUGUUGUUACCUUGAAAGUUUUAUGUUAUCUCAUACCAUUUUUCCGUUUGCAGGUGUAUCACGAAUGCAAUAAAGCUGAGCAGUGGUUACGAGAUAGGACUCAGCAGCAAGAUGCAUUACCAAAAAAUGCAGAUCCAUUACUGUCUUCUAGCGAAAUAAAGAGAAAAUCCGAGGCUCUCCACGCGAUGUGCAGACACAUAACGAGAUCAAAGUUUCCAUCGUCAAACUCGACAGAUACGGAGUCGAGAUAUAGAAGAGAUGACAUGGGAGUGGAUUAAAAUUUUACGUCAGCUUGAAAAAUCGCUCUCUUCAUUUCAAUUACAUUGAUGUGCAUAUUGACCAGUAUCAUGGUGCACUCUUCUGAGCAUGGGAUCGUAAAGUGAAGUUCAAUGGUCAUUAUCUGGUACAUAAUUAUAGAGCCCUGUUUUGGAUUGCAUGCCAUCUUAUCUCCUUUAUGUUGGAGGCAACAAAUUGAUGCAGCAUUGCCUUGCAUUGAAAGGUAUGAAUAUUCAUUUCCAAGCUCUUAAUUGUGGAGCCAUUAGUGUUGGAAAUAGCCGGUAUCAAUGAGAUGAACUGGCUGUCGUAGUUACCCAAUGAUUGGUCAACUUUGGGUCUGGAUCUAACAUCUGCGAAGGAGUAUUGUUUCUGAUGCUUUUUUAUUUUGUCGUUCUGAUGUUCGGCGGUUGCAGAAAUACUAACCUAAAUGUAGUAGUUGAUUUGGUCAGGAGACCAUGGUUUUUGUACACGAGGAAAAUAGUAAGCAAAUCAUAAUGUAAUAUAUAUAUAGUAGAUCACAAAGAUAGUUUUGUAAGAAUUGGCGGAGAUAUUGUAAAUGAAUAUUAUGGCCCCUAACAUGUGUUUAUACUUUGCUACUUGACUUGGUCUUGGAAUUUUAUAUCUUGUAUUUGUGGUAUUUGAUUUGAUGGAAGUUGUUCUACUUCUGUUACAACUUACAAUGUAUCAGAAUCGAUCUCAGUUGAUGUCAUGUUUUUAUGUCUAUCAAAAGGAUUUCGAUCUUAAAUAUGAAUGAUUCUAGUGAUUGUAAUGUGAAUAAAAUGUCUAAUGUAAAGGAAAAUAGUCCUUUGGGAUCAGAACAUUUCAGAGUUAGAUUCCAUUUUUAUUUGUUCCAACAGGAAUUCGAGUUGCAGUUUUAUUUGCAACACGUACAAAACAAACACGAAGUAUCAGCAAUCAUGCGGUGAAAAAGACGAACCAACAAAGAAAAAAAGAUAGGGAAAAAAAAAACUAUUCAAGAACAUAAUUAAACAUUCUUCACCAGGUAAGACUUUUAAGGUAUGUUUGUUUCGUUUUUUUAGUGUGUGUUUUUAAGUAUUUU